AUGACCGACUGUCACAGCAGGCAGCUGAGUCAACGGCCUUCUGAUGACGAAACCACCACAAGCACCGCGCAGGUCGCCUCAGGCGUGUCAACAGUCCGUACACCACAAAAAUCAGCUUGCAUGAGUCCAACUUAUGAUUCUCAACCAACCCAAUUACUAGUUUCACGCACCGACAGUCUCGCUCAUGGUCGUUAUAAUCAAGUACAGGAACAAACUGGCUGUGUCGAGCCGUUGGAGCGCAAGGGCGACACGACUGGGGAAAGUCAAUGUCGCGAAUCACCAGCUGCCAGCACCCUUUCGCUUCCCGCUUCUUCAUCCAUCGGGUCGAGCCUGGAUCCGAAGACCGAGUCAUCUCAGCUCAAUUCGGUGGAGAGCCCACAUGCAAGAUGCGCAGAACACAAGGGGAAUCGGUGCAGAGAUCCCGUUCACACCUCACUGCUCGACCAAGAUAUGAUGCUUAAACCCGACCCAUUGAAGGUCGAAUAUACUCUCGACUCAAAUCACUCACCACACUCCUAUAAGAGUCAAACAACGCGGCCCGACGGCCAUACGGGACCUGGCUCUGGGCAGAAAAGGACUGCAACAGGAGAAGUAAAGCCAUUAUCAAUACAAGCGCCAUCACCUCAGCCGUCAUAUCAGGAGGGGGUCGUUCGACGUCGUUCUCAGAGUACCAAUUCACCGUUAAGUGGAAGCCGUAUAGCUCAGCUUUCUGUUCAUAUCCGAACUCGACUUUCUUACGCAGCGGCCAAGAUAGAGAAAUCCCGGGAAUCUCAGCCCGGUCCCCCUCGUAACGGGGGAGGCCUCAACGAGGGCGGAGCUGCACGCCUUCUGAGCUCAAACACGACGUCGCACGCUUCUCCAAACCCCAGCACCUUGACAAACCGCCCUUUUGUAUCGCACCGACGCUCUCAAUCCGCCAUCUCCCCACCCCGCAAACUUCUCUCCAUCCCUAAGUUGGCUCCUCCUGUGGAAAUUGAUACCUCGCAAGCCUCUCGUCGGCGACGACCCAAUCCGAAUGAGCAUCCCUUGAAAUCAAGUGGUGGCGGCCCGUAUCUUGGACACAAGCGGCAUCACUCUACUCAAGAGUUGGGUGUACCCGAGGCCGUGCAGAGCUCACCAGGGGUGUUGGGUCCGGGUACACCUUCAAUUGCUCCCCGUCCGCUGCCGCCCAAUUCCACCCGGAAAGGUCUUUUGGGGUCGAGGGGCCAUUCGCCAAACACUUCAAUGGAGCAAGACGCCAUUGAAACGCUUUUGUUCAUGUCCAGUCCCGAAAACUCGGGGUAUCGUUCAAGUCCAAGGCCCUUGCAACCUUCAUCGGCACAGCAAAGUUUAAAUGAAUCGAUUGCCUCUGAAAAAAUGGAACCCCAUCCAGUUGUGCACUCGCAAAAUGGGCUACCAAAUGGCGGCUACCCGCGAUGGGGAAGUCUAGGGCCCCGGGUGGGGUUGAGCUCGACGGAUGAUGAGAUUGAUCGCAUCCUUGACCAGAUGGGAAGUGAUAGUGAGGAUGAGGCUCGUCGUGCGUUGAACCGGAUUCAAGCGCAGGCAAAUCCACAGGGUUGA